ACUGAGGAUAAUCGUCGUCCGAGUUUGAUCGUCGUUAUUAUCGAUUUGCGGUCACCCAAUAUCGAUUUUUCGUAUGUGAAUUAUGUGAAAUCAUGUGAAAUCGUCACCUGUCAUUAUUGCAGCAUGCGUGAAUACGGAUAGACGACCUUACUCGUUUCGAGACUAUUUCUUUUUUUCACUCGGUUUCUAUUGUGUGAUCGUCGUCGCUGCUGACGACGAGCGUCGAUGCGUAAUCGAUUGGAUAAAAUGCGUUGAGUUGUCGAAGGUAAUGCGAAGAUUGUCCUGAUCUGUCACAUCGCGCUGGAGUUUCGGGAAGGUAUCUCGGCGUGCCGUUACAGUUGAGAACUGGAUUGUCGGAUCGGCCCACCUAACAUCCCCGUCUCGUGGAUGUCGCGCGCGUUCUCACGAGGAGCCAGGUUCUCUUGAUGCGGAUUGAGUCGCUCGCCGGGAUGGAGCAGAGGUUGCCGAACCCGUCGAGACCGUCACGUCAGACUCCACCAAGCCACUCGAAGAAGAAUAAAAGACGAUCUGGUCGCAGAAGUAACUUGGUGGACACGGUACUGGACACGUGGUCGAAUACUACACCCAAUAAUCAGGACGGUGGUCUAGUGGCUGGGGUAGAUUACCCUCCACGGAUGCUGUGGCAGCCAACGGAUGUGCAGCCGCAGAAUGUACCGAGUAAUGGGCAACGUUUAUUCACUGCGAUGUCGGAUCCGAGCGUCUGUGGCUACUCGCCGAUGCCGAUGACGUAUGCUAUGCAGCCAGUCUCACUGCCAACAAUGUACCGAAUGUAUCAGCCGAUGCCGGUGCCAAAUAUUAGAACCGUCCACAAUAGGCAAAGGCACUAUAACAAGCAUUUGGCAAAUGUUCGCCCCAAUGCCAACAAUAAUGUUAAUGGUUAUGGGAGUAUGCAGGAAAAUGGUGUUGUAGAGCCUACUGUACAUAUCGCCCUUCAAAAUGGAGAUUACGCCAGUCUACCACCCACCGCCAACAAAGACAGCGGUGUCAAUGGUGAUGAACUUAAUUCAGAGCACAGAAGAUACUCUGAUCCUGGGUUGGGACCUGCUGGGACUUCUGCUCACUCAGACAGUGAUGAUUCUGAUAGUGUCGAAAGUGGAAGUUCCAUAACAACAAUUAGCCGUAGCAAUAAACUUGUCCUGUCACUUAUUGAGCAGAUGACAGAGUUAAAAAAAUGUAACAGCCAAUUGUUUAAAGAACUUAGUGAAACUAAGUCAAAUUUAGAGAAUGUAAAAACAAAAUUGGCACAGUGUAAACAUAAUACUCCUACGGAUUACCAACCUGGAAUGUUAUCAGAAUUUAUACGUGAAAUUAGAGAAGCUAACAAGAACUGUGAAGAAGGUUUAGUUACAAAAGUCAAAUCUAUGUUAGAAGAGACAUGCAAUCAACAAGCAAAAGAAGUGGACGAGCUGAAGAAUCAAUUGGCGAAGCUUAUGAAAGAGAAAGAAGAAAGUGACCAGCGUGUCAUGAAACUGGAGGAGGAAAUGAUGGCGUUGAAGCUGAGCGCAACCAACGAGGGCCGCGAGAUCGCAGUCUUCGAGGAGGAGAAUCUGGCGCUGCGACGAGAGCUCCAGGAGGCGCGGGCGUCCAGGACCCUGGCCGAGAACCACGCAGCAAAGUGCGUAAACUUUGCGGUAUCCAGAUCUGUCACGCCUGUAACUUUCGAUACGCCCUGUAUAGCCAGCACCCCCGUGCGUACCGCUCUUCCCGAUUGCUUCCUGCUUUCCGCUAUCCCACCUUCAUUGCGCAACACAUUCUCCGCCUCUUCCGUUCUACGUCCCCGUUCCGCGGAGGAAAUGGCUCUUCAACUCAUCUCCGAGACGAAUCAAUGUCAAAAUUUCGCGGCGGACUCCGGAUCCGUGUCCCGCGAGGAUUCUCCGACGAAGGAAGACGCGCGGUCGGAAACGUCUUUGGUGUCUUGUCACAUCGCUGUAACUUGUACGAACGAUGAUGUCAUCAAUGCGGUUGAAAUCGAACCUUGGAACAAAAUAGAAAAGAGUUCGGGAUCUAUCUGUACCAAGGCUAUUUGCGAAACUAUGUCGUUAGAAUUGAACAAUUGCUUUGUGCCGUUGAAUCAGAAGGAAGUGCGCGACAUCGGUACUACGAGAAACGAUGACAAAGUGAAAAUCGAGGAGGGACCGAUGACUGAGGAGGAAGAAAAAACGAAGCGUUUGACUGGUAUUCUGGAACCUUGGAUAAAUCAGAUAUUGGAAGCGAAGAGGCGAUCGAUAACGGAAAAGGAUGAAGCAAAGGAUCCCGAAUCAUCCAAAGUCCUCGAGGAACAGAAAGAUUUGCCGGAUAAGCUGAACGAUGUUGCGAGCAAGCCGGAGAAAUUCAUCAAUCACUCGGAUAAUCACAGUUUCUGGCAGGAGCUGCGCAAAUUUAACAACCAGCGAGGCAGCUUUAAGAAAUCACGGCGAAAGAAGGGGACUUUGAGGAGGCUGUUUAGCGAGGGUGACAAGUGCGACAAGGAUCCGUGCGAAGACAUCAAGAUCCUGAUCGGCACCACGUUCCCACCGUGCUCCUCCGGGAGCAAUCGCGACACGGCGAACGGCGAGGACGAGGACGAGGAUGAGGAUUGUUUUCCCAAUGACAGUCGCACGGGUCGAGCCAUCACCGACGUGCCGGACGUCGUUGUGGUCAGUGGUGGCUCCAUCGUCCCAAAAGACCUCUGCUCGACGAGAACCCUGACUUCCAGAACCCAAACAGCACCUUCACGUGCCACCUACACCACCGCCUAUAUCUAGGUUGCGCGCGUACGCGCGGGGCCCCGAGCAAAAAGACAAAAAGAACGCCAUACACCACGCUACUCGUCAUCAAUAUCCGCGAAAAGGGGCUUCAAGGGGCUUUUUACUAGAGGCUACUACUAUGUACAUAUCGAAUAGCACGUAGGUCUAUUAUUCACUUGUCAUGCAUGCUUUUUCGUACACGCUCGUCGCACUCAUGCUCCCGGCACUUCGGGGGAAUUACGUCAUUCCUGGUAUCUAAAGGAGAUUCGUAUUUCUGAACAGGUAUACAUAAGUUCUAUACAUUAGUUGAAAAUAUUGGCACAAGUUAAAAAAAGUGACUUUUUUAAACUUAAUUGAAUGAAUUUUGUUUUCGAUGAAUCAUACGUAUAUGUAGCUGACUGAUAUCGAGUUCUUCUUUUAUAAUGAUUUUAAUUUGUUAACAAUAUCAUUUAAAUUAUAAAACAAUACACGAUUGUUUAAUGUACCGGAAUAACGUAAUUUACAUGCGCCAUAUCGCAGCACUAUUUCCGUAACGUUGCAUCUUAAAAGAAAAUUGGAGAAAGACGGCUUCCUGUUGAUUGGAAGUAGACAUUUUCAAUUCAAUAAUUUAUAAUUGUAUUAUAUAUUUUUUUUACAUAAGCGAAGUGUUUCGUAAUCAGCGUAAGGAGCUGUUCUUUUCAUGGAAAGGAAGGUAACUGAUUAACAUUAACGACCAAAGGGCUUUACAUAGAUUGACGUAGCAAUUACUCCAGUUGCUAUUUAAGUAUGCAGACACUUUAAUACAUUGUCGUUAUUCGCUAUGCUUAUGGAAAUUUUAUACAUUGUUAACUGACGAAUAGCUGCUUCUUUAAUGUAGAGAUAUCCGUAAAUAUAUCAAAUGUAUGUAAAAAGCACAGAUAUGCACAAUAAAUACAUUUUUUUUCUUAUA